AUGGCCAAACGUUUCAAUAGGAGAAUAUUAUAUAAAUUGAUUGAAUCCAAAAUCAAAUUUCAUGGGUUUCCUGGCUUGGAAUGUCUCUUAAGAGUUAUUUGUGAAGCGUCGACAUAUACUUUUCAACAUACUGGUGUUUUAGCUGACUUAUUUCAUAUUAUAUUUACACCAUCCAGUAGUAAAGAAAAUUUUAUUUCAAGAGAAUAUCAUCAAGCUGAACAUUCAGGGAAGAUGCGAAACUGUAGCAAAUACAAUGACAAAUGUAGUAUCAGUUUAUUAGAUUUAUUUAGUUAUAUUGGAGACAUUCUAUGA